AUGAAUGGCAGUACUUUCUUUGAAUGGUUUGCAAGAAUUCUGCCGUUACUCAAAGAAAAUGCUGUCAUAGUGAUAACCAACGCCACCUAUCAUUCUGUGAAAAAAGAUCGUAUUCCAGUGAUGUCAUGGAAAAAGCAGGAAAUUAUAAAUUGGCUGGAAAGUAAGGGCGAGAACAUUACUUAUCCAACAACAAAUGGGGCAUUAUUGUCUCAAGUCAGAACAAUACAUACGGAUGACCAUGAGAAAUACGUUAUUGAUGAGUAUGCGAAAGAUAACAAUAAAACAAUAUUAAGAUUGCCCCCGUACCACUGCGAGUUGACACCGGAAAUGUGGACGAAUUUCGUUGUGCACGUCAUCAAUGAGGAAGAAAAAUUUUGGAAAAUCGACAACAUAACAGACGAUUUUAUGGACAAAGAACCCGAAGAAGGAGCACGUCAUAUCCUAACAAUAGGUGAUACAAGUUCGGAUUCUGACUAG